GAGCUGGCACUGAAGUCUUUGGGAAGUGAGGGGCUGUUUCUCUUUUCUUCUCUGGACACAAACAAUGACCUGUACCUCAGUCCAGAAGAGUUCAAGCCGAUAGCUGAGAAGCUGACAGGGGUUGCUCCCAUCUCAGAAUUUGAAGAGGAGGAGACCUCCGAUACAAGCGGGGAGACAUUGUCCAUUGUGGCUAAAUUCCAGCCUUUGGUCAUGGAAACAAUGACGAAGAGCAAAGACGGUUUCUUGGGAAUUUCUCAUGUUGCUCUGUCUGGGCUGAGGAACUGGACUGCCCCAGCAGCCCCUAUGAGCGUGCUGCUUGCCAAGCAGUUUAAAGCCUUUCUUCCUCCAAAGAAUAAACUGGAUCUUGGGGAUCCAUGGUGGAUAAUUCCUAGCGAAUUGAACAUCUUCACUGGGUAUCUUUCCAACAACAGAUUUUACCCUCCGCCUCCCAAGGGCAAAGAGAUCAUCAUCCACAGGCUUCUGAGCAUGUUCCACCCGCGCCCCUUUGUGAAAACCCGCUUUGCUCCGCAGGGAGCUGUGGCCUGUAUCCAAGCCAGCAGCACCUUCUACUACACCAUCGCGUUCAGGAUCCACGCUGAGUUCCAGCUGAACGAGCCACCACACUUCCCCUUCUGGUUUUCCCCAGGCCAGUUCACAGGUUACAUCAUCCUCUCCAAGGAUUCUUCCCAUGUCCGAGAAUUUAAGCUAUUUGUCCCUAACAACAGGUCCCUGAACGUUGAUAUGGAGUGGCUGUAUGGAGCAAGUGAAAGUAGCAACAUGGAGGUGGACAUUGGAUACCUGCCUCAGAUGGAGCUUGAAUCGACUGGGCCUUCGAUCCCUUCUGUGAUCCAUGAUGAGAAUGGCAAUGUGAUUGACAGCAGGGAUCCCUCAGGAGAGCCCAUCCAGUUUGUGUUCGAAGAGAUAACCUGGCAGCAGGAAAUACCCUGGGAAGAGGCAGCCCGGAAACUGGAAGUGGCCAUGUAUCCAUUUAAGAAGGUCUCCUAUCUUCCCUUCACACAAGCUUUUGAGAGAGCAAAAGCAGAAAAGAAGCUGGUGCACUCGAUCCUGCUGUGGGGUGCCCUGGACGACCAGUCCUGCUGAGGUUCAGGGCGAACUCUCCGGGAGACCGUCCUGGAAAGUUCGCCCAUCCUCGCCCUGUUGAACGAGAGCUUCAUCAGCAGCUGGUCACUGGUGAAGGAGCUGGAAGAGCUGCAGAACAACAGGGAGAAUGAGUUCUACAGCAAGCUGGCUGACCUACACCUGGAGAAAUACAACUUCCCUGUGGAGAUGAUCAUCUGCCUCCCUAAUGGCACGGUGAUUCACCAUAUUAAUGCCAACUACUUCCUGGACAUUACUUCUAUGAAGCCUGAAGAUGUUGAAAGUAGCAUCUUUAGUUUCUCAACCAAUUUUGAAGACCCUUCAACUGCAACUUACCUCCAGUUCCUGAAGGAAGGACUGCAAAGAGCAAAGCCAUACCUGCGGACCUAA